CAUAGCUGUAUGAUCGGUCUAAGCAACGGAGGGUUUCUUAGGUAAAAGAAUGCGAUUCAUUCCCUCUUCAGUAUUUGUUCUCUAGUAUGAAGUUCAAUGAAACAUAGAUAAUUAUUCCCGACAUUUUGCGAAAGAUGUGUGUGCGAGCUAUGAAUGGCAAGAUGUAUAUCGGAACCACAAAUAAUCCUAUUGUAUUUUGCCGAAGCUGUGCGUGUUUAACUACUACAUACCACGGGAAGUAGUCUCCAAGGAGACAUUUGUACUUGCUUCAAAAUGUACUUAACAACAUAAACCGCAGGCCAUAUACGUUCUUUCGUGUCUACAUGCAUCUAAUUUAAACCUGCAAAACGGGACGACCCUUUGGUGCGAUAAAUUCUGCCUCAAGUCCCGAUAGUACGAAAAACAAAUUACAAUUCCUACUAAAAAGAUAAUCGACCUUAUCCGACGCAAAGAUUGAUAAAUAUCAGAGAGUAAUGGAACAACGUUACUCCAGAAAAGUAAGAAAAAAUGAAAGAGAAUGGCGAUUCAAAUCGUGAUAAAGAUGAAAAAAAUAAAAUAAAAAUCCAAUUAGAUUCCUCCUUAGUGCCGAAGAAUUCCCUGCAAGCUUCUUCUUUUUUUAAUCAUGGACAUUAGGGAGAUGGGUAGAGUAGAUACACAGUGAACAGCGCGAGGACGACCGAGCGAGAUAGCGGCGCUGCCAACCCUCUCCCCGCUUUUCAGGCACUGUUUGGAGCGCUUCGCUCGUCGGAAUCUGACCAAUGAGCGUGCGCGCGCUUGUGGUAGUACAACGGUAGCGGCAGUGUCGCCUCUCUUCAUGCAGUCACAAUUCGUUCGGCUAUCGAGUGUACGCGCGUUGCGGUAUCGCGUGCGCGUCUUCCGGUACUUAGUAAGUGACUUCCUGGAAUAAGGAGACAGAGAAACGACGGUGGGAGCCAUGCGAUUUUCGUGGAUGUUUGCGGCCACAGUGCUGCUGGUUCUGGCUACAGGGGUGAAAUGCAAGAGAAAAUUCGACGGGGACUUCGAAUUCGCCGAGGAGGAUGAUACCCGCAUAAUGAAAGUUGGAGACAAAAAACGCUGGAUACAUGAUCCGAACAGUGAGCUUUGUCGCCCGCUCAAUUGCAAGAAGAAGGAACUCUGUCUUUUGGAGGACACAUUCACGGCCGUUUGCGUCUCGAAGAAGGAACUUCAUAAAUCAGGAGAUAUAGUGAUUCCAAAGUCUCGUGCAAUUCAACAGCGACGGAUGAGGACCGAAACUUCGGUCGAUUCUGAUGACGAUGAUGCCUUCUUUGAUUCCGAAGACGAUGACGAGGAUCAGGAUGAAUCAAAGUGCCAGGAAUGUCCCGUGGUGAAGCCUACGUUCCUCUGCGGAAGCGACAAUCGCACGUAUAGCUCGCCAUGUCGACUCGAGUACCACAACUGCAUUCACCAUACCUCCGUCCAUAUCGCCUGCAAAGGUUUUUGUCCGUGCAAAGUCGCCGAUCUGCGAACAUACUCGAAGAAGAUGCAGAUGCAGAAGAAGAAGACGCUCAUGGGUAAGAUGAGUCGCAACCACGAUAUUACUCUCACGCCCCGCGACUUCAAUUACGACAAUCAUCACUACCAGUACCUCAAGUAUACGAAGCGCGGCAAGGGUCUCGCUGUCUCGAACAGAUAUGACGACAAGCAUCUGAUGAGCAACGAAGUGCCGGACAAAACCCAGUCACCCUUGAAAACGAUGUACAAUGUGCAAUCAUCAUCCAGAAAUACCGAUUGCCCGUCGUCAUCCAAGCCUGCGAUGGCCAAUCGACUUUUGGAUUGGUUCUCCGUCGUGAUGGCAGACUCCAAGCAUCGUCGUCAACAUCCCAAGCCUAAAGGUCACUUCCCUAUCGGUUGUCAGAGCGAGGUCAGGUGGAUGUUUGGACAUUUGGAUAGUGACAGCGACGGUCGACUCUCACUCUCUGAGCUGUAUGGUCUGGAACACGACCAGAACGAGCCGUGCUUGAAGCCCUUCUUGGAUGGUUGCGAUACCGACAGCGAUAUUUUCGUAAGCGGACCUGAGUGGUGCGGAUGUUUCUCCAAAGCCGAACGUCCGUGUGCCGCUGUACGCAGACGAUCAUCGUCGGAUUCUGCACCUGCCUGCGAUUCGCGAGGAUAUUAUCGUAGUACCCAGUGCCAUCGUGGCCUUGGGCUUUGCUGGUGCGUUGAUCCGCACGGUGUCGAGUUUGCUGGUACCAGAACGCGUGGCGCAAAGCCUGAUUGCGAUGCGAUUGUGAAUAAAAUCAGCAGUGGUGGACUCAAGACCAACAGCGUAGAUCUUGACGAUGAUGAGGACGGUGGUACCGAUUCCGCUCAAGAUCUUGAAGGCUCGGCCGAUCAACCUCUAGAUUUCUAGAUGUAUUAGGAGUGGCGGCCAGCAACAGGAGCGCAGCAUCUUAACUGAUAAUCGACUGUGUGCAAUUCAGGAGAAAGCGAAGGAAGAUGCGCGCGUUCGCUCGUCCACUGGCUUUGGCAAUACCGCUGUUGUGAUCAGGUGUUCUGUGUCGUCGUCGACCCGUCACCCGUCAAUCCUAUCGAGAUUGCGAUUUACGCGCGAUAAACGAAACGUGAGCCUAAAUGAGUUCCGAGAGCAACGAAAAACACGACGAUCAUUAUGUUAUGUUAUGCAUGAGAAAGUCGGGCCCGGAGUGAGUUACACUGAACCGACGGAGAUCACUGUUGAAUGAUUAUAACGACUUUAGUCGAGUCCUUCGUCCCAAUUAGGAAAUUUCAAUCGACAUUAAAGUAGCGAAUGUCUUGCCUCCCGUGCAAUAAUCCGCAUAUGUCCGACAAGCGGCGCAUUCACAGUCAACGCAAAUAGAUCUUGUGCUAUCGUAAUCCCGUGCAAUAUCCAAUAGAAUCCGUACAGAGAAAAUACGCAAUUAUUACCAAAAAUGUGUGUAUAUGUGUGAGAGGUUUACUGCGCCGACGGAGUGAGAAAAAGAGUGAAAAUGCUGCUGCAAGCCGCAUCGAAUGGAUACCGAUCGUUGAAUCAAGCCGCGUGCCUGUCGAGGUACCUCCACGCACAACUAAAUCUAUGAAUAAUAUAAUCACGAAUCAUUUAUGCAUAUAUAUAUAUAUAUAUAAAAUAGAGAUUCGCGAAACGCAGAAAAGUACAGUGGAAUGGAAACGGGGUAACUCGAUUGUAUCGGCCAGAACUCACCAUGACACAAAUUACAUGAAACGACAAAAUACAAAUCAAUACCCUGCGUAUGAUUUCUAAUUGCUAGAUUAAUAUCGAUUGUAAUAAAUAUCGCGCAAACAUUGGAGCGUAACACUAAUCGCGAUUCAUAUGGUAACAAUACAACAAUCGAAUGGAAUUAGGAAUGAUUGAAAGAAAAGAGAACGAGAGAAAAGGAAGCGAAAUGAUUUUUGCUACUGUCACACUUGUACCCGCUGAAACUUGGUUGAUUCACUUGCGACAAAUAGAUUUUCGUAGCUCUUGCCACUUGACUUUCGGCUGUGUUUCGCCGAACGCGGUAUAGAAAAUUUUGCGGUUAGUCCGCUUAUUUAUUACAUUCUUUCGGACAAGCUUGGAACAUUUCUUUAAGUUAUUUUUUUCUUUCUCUCAUAGCCAUCCUGCGUUAUGAGAUUAGUAUAAGAUAUACAGAAUAAAGAACGACCUAUUUCGUACUCGCUUUAAUGAUCUAUUUCAUACUACACCGCAGUUCGAUCACGACCAUAGGACGUCGAGUUGAUUGUUAACAAGUACGGGAUUGCUUAUAGAGAUAAUGUGUGCAAUAAUAUGUUAUUACCUUAUUAUAUCGUGGAACCCGAUUUGCAGAGAUUACGAUUCUUUACACCGGCAAUCGGAACAGCAUCUACCAUACGAUAUUGAGAAGUUGUUUUCUACAAAGCUAGAAAAUGUUUGACGUCGUGACUCGUCUGCAUUUACUGUAAUUAUAAGCAUUUUUACUUACAACUUUUACUUAAAGAGUGUGUGGUACACCGUAGAUAUUAGAGUAACAUAUAAUCCGUAGAAAAAGAAAAAUAAAAAAAAGAUCAGUGUGACUAUGUGAAUAUGCCCCUAGCAUUAGAAGGCAAUUUACGUAGAGGUAGCCGAUGCAAAUUACAAGUAUUUCAUUUAGGAUACAAGUGGUUCGUUUUGCAAGCCUAACGCGUUUUACUUCGACAUACAUUCCUUCUGCAAGGUAUUCAGGGAAAACAAUACACCAUAUUGAUCAAAGACAAAAUAGUACGUCACAAAAUACGCGGGUUAUUUUAUUACUAUUAUUUUUGCAUUUUAUUUCGGUGACUUAUAAUACGCGGCAACUUUUAUGGAUUUUAUUAGCCAUCUAUCUUCGUAAACGAGAAAUUGUACUCUUGUAUUUUUCGUUAUACAAAACGUAUCUUAAUCAUUGUCGAUUUAUUCAUAAUGUCUUGCCUUAAUGAAAGUGGCGUGUUAAAUUUGCGCAUUAAAGUAUGUAGAUGACACUUAAAAAUAUAUCUACAUAUUUAACUGAUAAAUGACAUCGUCCACAAUGAGCUAACGCAUACUCCUUCCUGCAUCGAGCGCAAUUUGCAUUCCGCCUGACUUAUUGUACUGUCGACUUAGAUUAAUUAAUAUAACUACAAGCGAAUGUAGUUUUAUCGAGUCUUGCAUAUUGUAUAUACAUAAUUAUAUACAAUAAAAAUCAUCGUUAGCGAUCUUCGUACCAUGAUGAUUUUUGUAAGGUAUGCACUUGAUCAAAGCGUAAAGAAUUUUUACUUCAUUCAAGAGCUACCAUAAAUAUCUCACUUAAUUGGUAUUGUACAUGUGCUGUAAGAAUUCUUUAUGAAUAAAGAUUGUUGUAGAAGUCGGGGAAAUGUU